GGGGGAUCGACGGCGGGGGCUCCCACGGAGGAAUUGGCGAGGAGAGCAGCCGCCGCCGCCGCCGGGGAAGACGGGUUCCCUGCGCUCUGGUCGCCAGCACUACCAUGUCCAGAGCGCGCUGCAAGAAGAAAAAGAGGAGGCUUAAAGGGGCGGCUCGCCGAAUCCUGUCUUUCUGCCAAGGCUUCUCCGAGUGGCCUCAGCCCAGGGCGCUGGGAAAUGGUGUAAGCGAGGAGGCGAGGGGGCGAGCGCCAAGGAGAAGAGGAGGAGGAAGGCUCCGUGGGAGAAGCUGCCGCUGAGCAGGGAGAAAGUUGACCUCUUCAAUGGAAAGCGAGAUAACAUGUAUGCUUGCUGCUCUACGGUGACUCUGGAGCAGGAUCUCAACAGGAAAAUGCAUAUCUGGAUGGUACAAACCAUAGCCUUUGCGUUAACAUCUCUAGUCCUGGUGUGGGCAGAGAGCAUCGAGUAUUAUGGAGAGAUCUGUGACAACAAAUGCCCUUGCGAGGAGAAAGAUGGCAUCUUGACGGUGAGCUGUGAGAACCGGGGGAUCAUCAACCUCUCAGAGAUCAGCCCUCCGAAAUUCUCCAUCUACCAUCUCCUUCUGUCUGGGAAUCUUCUCAAUAGGCUCUACCCCAACCAGUUUGUCAAUUAUAGUGGGGCUUCGAUUUUGCACUUGGGUGCCAAUGACAUCCAAGAGAUCGAAACAGGAGCCUUUCAUGGGCUGAGGGGCUUAAGGAGGUUGCAUCUGAAUAACAACAAGCUGGAAAUAUUGAGGGAUGACACUUUGGUGGGGCUGGAGAGCUUGGAGUACCUACAAGUUGAUUACAAUUAUAUCAGCACUAUCGAACCCAAUUCUUUCAGCAAGCUGCACCUGCUGCAGGUGCUGAUUCUGAAUGACAACCUCCUUUCUUCAUUGCCCAACAACCUUUUCCGUUUUGUGCCCUUGACUCAUCUAGAUUUGAGGGGCAACCGGCUAAAACUCCUUCCGUAUUUGGGCCUCCUACAGCACAUGGAUAAGGUGGUGGAGCUGCAACUGGAGGAAAACCCAUGGAACUGCUCCUGCGAGCUCAUAGCUCUCAAGGAUUGGUUGGACAGCAUAUCCUAUUCAGCCCUGGUGGGAGAUGUGGUUUGUGAAACCCCAUUCCGUUUACAUGGGAGGGAUCUGGAUGAGGUUUCCAAGCAGGAGCUUUGCCCUAGGAGGCUCAUCUCAGAUUAUGAGAUGAGACCACAGACCCCACUAAGCACCACAGGGUAUUUUCAUACCACUCCAGCCUCUGUAAACUCUGUGGCUACAUCUUCCUCGGCUGUUUACAAAUCACCCUUGAAGCCCAAAGGGACCCGCCAGCCCAACAAGUCCAGGGUGCGUCCCACCUCCCGCUUGCCCUCCAAGGAUCUGGGAUACAGCAACUAUGGCCCCAGCAUUGCUUACCAGACCAAAUCCCCGGUGCCUUUGGAGUGUCCUAUGGCUUGCACGUGCAACCUACAGAUCUCUGAUCUGGGUCUCAAUGUCAACUGCCAAGAAAGGAAGAUUGAGAGCAUCUCGGAGCUCCAACCCAAGCCGUACAACCCGAAAAAGAUGUACCUGACAGAGAACUACAUUGCCCUGGUGCGUAGGUCGGAUUUCCUGGAUGCUACUGGGUUGGAUUUGCUUCACCUGGGCAAUAACCGCAUCUCAGUCAUUCAGAACCGGGCUUUUGGGGAUUUAACUAACUUGCGGAGGCUCUAUCUGAAUGGGAACCGGAUUGAGAAACUGAACUCUGAGCUUUUCUAUGGGCUUCAGAGUUUGCAGUACCUCUUCCUGCAAUAUAAUGUAAUCCGGGAGAUUGAGGCAGGCACUUUUGAUCCUGUGCCCAAUUUACAGCUCUUGUUUCUGAACAACAAUCUGCUGAGAUCUUUACCUGGGGGCAUUUUUUCUGGCUUAACACUCUAUAGGUUGAACCUGAGAAGCAACCAUUUCUCCUACCUUCCUGUAAGUGGAGUGCUUGACCAGCUGAAAUCCCUGCUGCAGAUAGAUCUCCAUGAGAAUCCAUGGGAUUGUACAUGUGAUGUGGUGGGCAUGAAAUUAUGGAUUGAGCAACUCAACACAGGAGUCCUUCUGGACCAGGUAAUCUGUGAAUCUCCUAAGAAAUUUGCUCAGAAUUACAUGAGGAACAUCAAAGCAGAACUGCUAUGCCCAGACUACUCUGACAUCAUUGUUUCCACACCCACUCCAUCAUCCAUGCAGGCACCAGCCAAGACCACCCCCUUUUCCAACUCUGGGCAAUUCAAUAGCACCUUGGAGGAGGAUGACUCAGCAUCAUCUUCUGGUGGCUCUUCUUCCUCCUCCUCUUCUUCCACGGUGCCUUUGUCAGUGCUGAUCCUCAGCCUGCUGCUGGUUUUCAUCAUGUCUGUAUUUGUGGCUGCGGGUCUCUUUGUGCUGGUAAUGAAGCGCAGGAAGAAGAUCCAAGGUGACCAUGCCAGCACCAACAACUCAGAUGUGAGCUCGUUCAACAUGCAGUACAGUGUAUACACAGGAGGGGGAACCCCUCAUUCUCACCCCCAUGCCCAUCACCAGCAACAUCCACAGCAUCUUCACCAUGGAGGAGGAGGAGGAGGUCCGGCUUUGCCCAAGGUGAAAACCCCUGCAGGACACGUCUAUGAGUACAUCCCUCACCCUUUAGGCCACAUGUGCAAGAACCCGAUCUACCGUUCCAGGGAGGGCAAUGCGGGUGAGGAUUACAAAGAUCUUCAUGAGCUCAAGGUGACCUACAGCAAUCAUCACCUCCAGCCCCAACCCCCACCACCCCCACAGGCCUUGGGGCAGCCUCCAGCAGCUCCAGGGGGCCAAGAGGAGACCCUCCGGAGCCCCACAUACAGUGUGAGCACCAUUGAGCCUCGGGACGAGUUGCUUUCCCCUGUGCAGGAUGCUGAUCGUUUUUACAGGGGCAUUUUGGAGCCCGACAAACACCCUUCUUCCACUUUGGGGGGCAGUAACCUUCCUGAGUACCCUAAGUUUCCCCCAACCUCUUACACUUACUCCCCUAAUUAUGACCUUAGGCGCCUCCCUCAUCCUUACUUGCAUCCCAGCCCAGGGGAUAACAGGCUCCGGGAAACGGUGCUCUACACUCCCCCAAGCACUGUUUAUGUAGAGCCCAACAGGAACGAAUACCUGGAGCUAAAAGCAAAGCUAAAUGCAGAGCCGGACUACCUCGAAGUAUUGGAAAAACAGACCACAUUCAGUCAGUUCUGAGACCUCCUCCCCUCCUCUCUCCCAGAGCAUUUGUAUUUAAUAGCCACACACAAAGAAACACAAUGGUGAUCUCCUCUCCUCUAUGUCCCGUCCCCAACCCACCUUUGCUCCAUUUUGUUGGAAGGUGAAGUGCCUUGGCACAGGAAUUUCCAGCUUCGGGGAAAGUUUCCGAAAGGGUGUGCUGAUUCCAUAGUUAUAGAUCCCUCUUUCUCUCUUUUUUUCUUCAUUUGUUUUCUUCCUUCCCCCCCCCUUACAGUGAGCAGGAAUCAAUCAAUUGAGUGAACUAGACAGAGCACUUGUUCUCUCACCCCCUUAUAUGGUGUGUGUUAUGCUAAAGGAGAUGUGUUUGGAAAGGGGGGCUCUCAUAUAAUUGGAUGUCAUAAAGGUAGUAGAAAUCGUUUUAUCCCAUUCUUUUAUAUUGGAUAUGCACUGCUGAAUUCCCCCCCCUUCUUGGUUGAAAAGUGCAGGGCACCAAAUUCCCUUUUUAGCCAUGGAUAGGUCUAAAUGGCUGUUGGGGAGGUGGGUGGGUAGGGAGAGAUUAGCACACCCUGACUUUAAUACAAGGUUGUUUGGAUCCCCCCUUCCCUUUUAUAAGGAAAAAAAAGGAUGUAUUUGUAUGUUUCUGGACUUUUGAAUUAAAAAAAAAUAUUAUGAUCUUUAAAAGAAUCACUAUAGA